UCGCGUUCCCUGUUACACUUCGUUUUAUACAUUUUUCUCUUUGUCAAGAGAGCAUUUUUAUUUGUAAGGCAGUCUCUGUUUCACAUAAUAAGAGACUCAGUAUAUUUUCCACUGGGGCUGAGCUUGACCACCAGGCUGCGGGUCUUCGCGACAAGGGAGCAGCAUCGUCAAUCCUUCGCUUGGGUCCUAAAGAAGCAACUGGCGAAUACCUCAACCCAUAUGAGAAGCCUAAUAUCCUGAAUCAAGAUCUCUCUUUCUUUCUUUCUUUCCACAUUAGGAUGUUGAGCCCGAGAAGGAAUUUUUUAUCGUUUCAUUGGUUCCUGUUGAGAUCAGACGCCGUCAGACAAAUCUCAUAACUCAGACGCCUUUUCCACCUCUCAUAUAACACAAUCAAUAGCCGCGAUGGUGGUCAUUUCUCGACGCACGAGACGUCGCCUACGGUCCAUCUUCAUUCUUAUUCUCAUCUCCACCUUCAUCAUUUAUUCUAUCCUUCCUCACGAUUCAGCCAUCCGCCUGGCUUUUGUCUUCAACAUCUCGCGCUUCUUUAAUUUUCUGCGUGGCGCAGCAACAAACCGAGACGCUUGGUUAUGGAAAUCGCCACGGUACGCCGUAGAUCUCAAGAACGAAGUGGGCUACCUCAUCAAAACCGGGUAUGGAACGCGUCACCGAGUGCCUGAGCAGCUCGCUGCCUUUGAGGCAACAGGGGGUUUCUUAGGAAAAGAAGGCGAGAGUUUCCUAGUUGUAGGAGAUUGGACGACAGUGAAUCAGACAGAUGCAAAGCUGAUAGGCGUGACGGUGCACGAUGCUAUUAAGAGAGUUAUGGAGACCAAGAUCAGAGGCAAGGUGGAUGAUUACCCCAGGCUGGUAAAGUACACAAGUCUCCAGGCAAAGCUCCAAGUAGGAGACGAAGAAGAAGCUCUGAAGAUUGGGCAAAGUUAUGGCUGGGAGCUUGAUGCGCUAAAAUUUAUCAUGGGCAUGGAGAUGAUAUAUCAUCAGUUGCCAGGCAAAAAGUGGUACAUCAUCUUAGAUGACGACACUUUCUUAAUACGACCUUCUCUGGAGCUACUCAUGGGUCACGUUGACUACCGCAAGCCCCAGUAUGUUGGUAACGCGGUAGGCGAUUACAAGGCGCGUUUCGGGCACGGAGGAUCUGGAAUCCUGAUAUCCGGAGAGGCGAUGCGCCGUUUGUUCGAACACCCGGGCAUCGUACAAGAAGCAUACGCCGAGUCCAUGACCGAGACGUGGGGAGAUCGACUGGUGGCGACGACGCUCCAGAAGCUAGGCAUAUACAUCGAAGAGUCGUAUAAUCAUCACUUCAAUGGUGAACCUCCUUCCAUCACGCGCAUCUGGGGUGAUCGUUUCUGCUCGCCCCUACUUUCAUUCCACGGCUUGCGGAAGCCCGGCGAGAUGCGCCGUGUCGGGGAGACACUCGCAAAAAUAGACAAGCCAGUGUUAUGGCACGACGUUUGGCAGUUGUUUGGAGGCUCAGCUAUGUCGGCGCUUGAGAGCCGCCCAACAGAGCUAACGGCGGAUCAUGUGGGCAAGCCGGACGAGCACACCCGCUCAUGGGGCGAUGUGAGGAGUGCCAAUGCUUGUCAGAAGCGAUGUGAACAGAGCGGACGACGCUGCUUGGCAUGGACAUAUGAGAUGGAGAUUGAAAGAUGUCACACGAGUCCUUGGCUACUGCUGGGGGCGGACGGCGCUACAGGCAAGGCAUCGGGCGUAAACUGGCCCGAGGUGAAGCCAUUGCUCAAAGGCUGCAGAUAAAUGAGGAGACAUCAUCCUCUGCCAGCGAGUAAGAGAAAACGAGCUCGUGUUGGCUAAGCCUGAGAUCCUGCUUUGCUGUUCAAAUUCGAACUGCUUCUGAGGACUCGUCAUUGGCGUGAGUUGUCUGGCAGUACCAUGCUAUUGCUCGGGGCUUUUCCCCGGCCGAAUAUGUAUCAUAUCAUGUACUAUAUCAUGUAUCAUAUGCACAUUGGAUGCCCCCUUUAGCCUCAAAUAUCUGUUCCCACUCAGUGAACGGAGUAAGGAAGAAAGCAAGAGAAGCCUCAUUGGAACGCCUCCGAGGACAAGCGACCCAAGAGCCGACCGCUAUUGUAUUGACAACCGGUGUGGAGAGAAAAAACUGGAUCGUGGAUACCGCUACAGCUCCUCUGCACAUGGAGGUAGGGAGGGGAGGGGCUAAGGACUGAGCCAGCAAGCAGUGGUCAAGUUUAAGGUCAGCGUUCCAGGAAUCCGGGAACUAAUGGUAGGCGAGAGAGGGAGCAGGCAGGCGACCAGUAAGGCGAGAUAGUGAGAUGCGCAGGAAAGAAAAGCCGGUUGGCCAGACACCCUCCCUCCAUCCCCCCUUGCUUGACGGCCUUCGCUCGCUUGCUUCCCGUCGCCGUCUGUCAGCCGGGAUGUUUGCCUUUACAGAGAGGAGGUGGGUGGGUGAUUGCCAGUGCCGUUGCCACUUUGUACCUAUAGGUAUAGCACAGUGCAGGAAUAGACCAGGUCUGAGGAGGAUCCGCUGCAGUUGGGUGGGAUCCAUGUGGGUGGAUGGUUCAUUAGCGAACCAUGGCUUGAAGCUGUGGAGAGGCUCGUCUCGCUUACGUCGGGACCUUGCCGUUGGGCGAAGGCAUCUAUAUCGUGUACGGGUACGGCCAGAAAGCUAAAACAUGACCGAACAAACUGACGGCUGAAGACACUUACUCGUCUUGUUGUGCUAUGGUGCGUUCAUGACCAGUGCCUGUUUUGAGGUUUCUGGCUCCCAGUUUGGUAACUAUCUCCUGGAGAUGGAACAAGGCGAAGUGGCACAGAGGGCAGGGGUUUCGGAUUUGCUGAAAUUGGAAGAGGGGGGAGAUGAUAUUGGAUAUCUUAAGAUUGGGGAGUGUGGACAACGGCAAGAUUUGCAAUUCACCGUGGCCUAGCCGGCGGGUACCUGUUUGUGAGAAACGGCCGGCUAAAGGAAAUAAAGGAUACUUUUUGUAGGUAAAAAUGACGACUGUGACGAAAGGCAAUCUUGCAGAGUACGGAGUCGGUCGGAGUAGCUAGGUUUGAAGUAUGAUAUAAUAAGAAUUCAAGUGCAAAUCUAAAUUCAAACCAUGGAGUGGA